AUGGAGUCCGUCACAGCUGAGCCACUGCAAUACGACGUCCUGUUCAAGGAUCAGCCUCAGGACUUUCCUGGCCCACUACCAACUCCAAAUGAUGUUGAGAGCGGGGAGCCAUUGCCAAACCACACUGGCAGCGCCAAUCUUGUCAGGAUCCGAGAAAACUGCGUUAUGAAGUAUGGUUCAGAGGUACGACCUACGGAGGCUCACAAUAUGCUCUACAUCGCGAAACACAUUUCAGUAGCGUUACCCAAGGUCUAUGCUAUUUAUCGACGGAAAGAAGAAGACAGCGUCGUCACGUAUAUUCUCAUGCAACAUAUACAGGGCAAGACCCUUGAGGACCUGUGGGCCGAACUUGACAAGACGCGGAAGACCUCUAUCGCCAAGACUCUUCGCACCUCAUUCGAUCAGCUUCGGCAGUUAAAGCACCCAGGCUAUUUCGGCGACAUCAACGGUGGACCACCACUGGACGACGUAUUUACAGGAACCCAAGGAGGCCUCGACAAUAUCAGAUCAUCUUUCGCGACCGAAGAAGAAUUGAUAAACUCAGUCAUUCGAAUCUACUCACUCGAAACUGGAGACCGUACGGCUCACAAGGUGAAAUAUUACCAGCAUGUUCUGCCAACCGUUCUCCUCAGCAAUGAGGCUCCUGUCUUCACGCAUAAUGACUUGCAGAGGAAGAAUAUUAUUGUGCAAGAUGACGGGACUCUUGUCAUUAUUGACUGGGAGUAUGCGUCCUGGUACCCCAACUACUGGGAAUACUCGUCCGCCAUAUUUGCUAAUGGUGGUUGGAGGGACGACUGGGAUGAAUACUUGCGCAUAAUUUUAGAUGAAUAUCCCAACGAGGCACUUUGGCUGUCAACUCUGAAGACUGAGAUGUGGAGUUAA